AUGUAUGGACACAUUGAUGUGCUGGUUAACAGUGCAGGCAUCUCUUGUCGUGUUCCAGUCGAAGAGGUGACAGACGAGUUGUUGAGGACUGUGAUGGAGGUUGACUUCUUUGGACAGAUUGCACUUACUCAGGCUGUUUUACCAGGAAUGAUGGAACGUGGGUGUGGUCAGAUUGUGAGCGUUGUAUCUAUUCUUGCAAAGUUGGAUUUUUCAUUGAGGGCGCCGCUUACAGCAGCUAAACAUGCCAUGAAUGGAUAUAUGUCUGCUCUGAGACUUGACAUGGUUGGGAAUGGCAUUUCUGUGUGUAACAUAAUGUCUGGUUCUGUCAGUACAAAUCUCAGUAAGAAUGCUCUUCUUGCUGAUGGAAGGGCCUUUGGACAGACGGACAACACAAUUUCUACUGGGAUGAAAGUUGAGAGAUGUGCUGAGCUCAUUAUCAAGGCAAUGGCAUCUAAUGUGGAAGAGGCUUGGAUAUGCACACAGCCUAACUUAUUCAUUAUGUAUGCUUCACAAUAUGCUCCAACUUUGCUGAAAUGGAUGAUAAGGGAGAAGCACGUGAAGGCAGCACGAAGCCGUCUGAAAUCUGAUUUACAACAGUCAGUCAUGGCACCAUAACUGUCACUGUUGACUAAUUGAUAAUUUACGAUGUCUAAUGAUUGAUUUG